CAAUCCAAAAUUUCUUGUGCGAUAGAAAUUCAAAUUGUUCUUGGGUAAUUAGAUUCUAGUUUUAGCAUGAAGAAUUCGAUAGCCUUUGGAGUGAUUACAGGUGUCCUUUUACUGUCUACUACUGUUUCGACACAGUCACAGACAUACAGGGCUGCCAUAACAUUAUUCAAACCCAAUGAUACUUCACAAAAUACACCUGAUGAAGAUGUAUCAGAGAAUAGUGCAAAUUAUGUGAAAUAUAUUCAACAAAUCAAAGAUAAGGCUGAUAUAAUUAUAUUCCCAGAAUAUGGACUCACCAAAAUUGAUGUUAUGUUGAAGCAAAUAUAUCAUCUAGACUCAUUCAGUACAGAGGUCAAAGAUGUUGGUUAUCAAUAUAAAAAUUGUACAGUAAAUGACAACCUGGCAAAAAUAGCUUGUGCUGCAAAAGAAAAUAAUGUUUAUGUGUUAUUUAAUUUGGUAGAGAAACAAAACAACAUGUCUUACUUUGUGACUAAUGUUGCCAUAGACUCUAAUGGAACAAUCUGUUUGAAAUGUAGGAAACACCAUUUGAAUAAUGGAACUAGCUUCUCACAGGGAGAGAAUCAAAAAUCUUGUUCAUUCACAGCAAAAUUCAAAAAUGUAUCAACUGAUUUUGCUGUGAUGUAUGAGACUGAUAUGUUAUAUGCAAUUCCUGAUUUUCUCAAGAAGGAUAACAUCAUUAUGACUUCUGCAAUUAAGAAUAGUUUGCCAUUUGAAUAUGGACCAAGUUUACAUGCUGGUUUUGCUAUAAACAACAAUGUGAAUCUUUUGGUGUCUGAAUAUUCUGAUACCAAAGAAGCAACAAAUGGUUAUGGUGGAUCAGGAAUUUACUUGAGUAAUGGAACAAGCUUGCUGGCCUUAGAUUCUAAAGCAGACAACAAUUUUCUGAUCAAAGAAAUACCUUUGACAUCUGACAGUAGUUCAAAAAAGAGUGUUAGAGUUCAGAUACAGGGUAACAUUCCAAGUUGGAAUUUAGCAUUUCUUAAAGCUUCUCAUAUUCCAAAUGCUAACAAAACUGUGCAACAAUGCUUGCAGGACCAGAACUUCUGUUGCAAAUUUACGGCUGAUAUUUCACAAGACAAUAUUGAGCCCUACAGGUGGGUUGUCCUGCAGAACAAAUCAACCAUACUGGACCAGCGAGUGGACAUUUUCAUCUGUGCCCUUGUCAAACCAGCGGCGACCUCCAAAACUUUAUCCUUCAAAAGCGUUGAUAUAACUUCCACUGUCAAACAUCGUCCUACUAUUCAAACACUACCGAUAGGGGUCACCUCCACCUUCUCUCUGCCAAAUUUUGAAUACACCAGCGACCGAACCAAUGAAAAAUCUCUGACGUUAUUGAAAGAAGACGAAAUAUUGUCUUUUGGUAUUGUAAGAAUCUUGGGGCCGAGUUCUAGUAAUUCUAGCAUGACGGGGAUAAUUAUCGGUGUCGUACUGGGUGUUUUAGUGGUAUUGGCGCUGGCUGCAGUGGGUUAUUGGUGGUACAAAAGAAAUGGGGGAUACAUGCGUCCAGGAAAGUAGACCUAAAACGUCCGUGACAACCUUUUCAACUAGCGAACGCAAAAUGCGCUGUAUAUGUUGCUUGUCACUUGAUCAUUCAAUGUUUUAUUAGAAUGCGUGAUCAGAACCUUGCAUCUUUGACAUUUCGCUCUUUUUUGGAGAUUGUUGGAGUACAUAUGAGACAUGACGCGUUUUCGGCGUUUCAGUUUACUCAUUUGCGCUCGAAAUUUGUUAGAUUGUGUAUAUUCUAGUCUGUGGUUUUCUGAUAACCCCACAAAAUGGAUGGGUAUUUUUCACUCGUUUGUUUCAAGUUAGUUUAACCAUUGUCGUUCUAGAUGACAACCUAGUUGGGUAGUUAGUAGG